CACUUGCGUAAAGAACCCAAAAAUAGAGACACAUACAAAAAGGAAACUGAAAUUUGAAACUUGAAGGCAACCAUUAAUUAGUUGACCAUCUUUCUUUCCAUUACCUACCGUACGUGCUUAUGAAACGCAUCACAUUCUUGUCAAACUUGCCGAAAGUGCUAUUGCCCCUUUGACCUCUCAUACAAACAAGCAUAAUACAAGUAUAAACCCCACACAAAAUCUUUUAAAAAAAUAACUUGAUUUUGACCUUUUUAAGGAUUUGUUUCCAUUUCCAAGAAUCAUUCAUAGUGCUUCGUUGAAUAUUCUCAACUUUUACCACAUGCUUCUCAUGUCUUUUGUCACAUAUUUAAACCCAAAAAGUCAUUAUUUUGUCUAAGUUCUGAAGCAUAUACAAGUUAAAAGUCAAGCGGGUUUUGGAACAGAGAUAGCUGGUUGACUCUUGGUAUUCAUUUUUCUUGCAAAUUCUUGAAGCUUCUGCAAGUUAAAAGUCAAUGUACCCAAGGGUCAAGGUGAGGGUACAGAAAGAAGAAGAUGAUGAGUAUGCUUAUGAGUCUUUGCCAUCUUUGAAGGCUUUUGAAUCCCUUUCCAUAAGCGACUUCUCUUCUUCAGUUCGUAUCUUUUGCUUCUUUCUGAUGGUGUAUAAAGACGAUUCUCCUACAUCAGUUGUGAGGAUACCCCGAGCAUGUAUUUUAAGUCCAGACAGACAUGGACUUCCAUUAUCAACAGGGAGAACCAAGGACAAUAGCCAAAAUAUUUUUGGAGGAAGCAAAACAAAUCCAAGGGCCACUUCAGUCCCACGACCACGUGCAGUCUUAUCAAGCCCGGAUAAUGAUCAAAUGAUAAGCACGAGGAGAAAGACGAAAGCAGAAGUAAUUUCAGGCUUGAAGAAUCACAAUGCAUGUCAAAAUAGACAUCACAUCAAGUGCAACGCUUUUCCAAAAUCAAUUCAAGCUGAAAAUCUUACAAGUGGACACAAGGGCUCAAACAAGACUGUUUAUGGGAAACUUGAUUCUCGAGCAAGAGCUAGGCUAGUGAAAGCCGAUCCAAGUCAAAGAACACACCUUUGGAAAGCAGAUCAAGAUUCUGUCUGUUCAAAGUAAAGAACUGAGUACUCCAUAUUGGCUAAGUAGUCAAACUCAUUCUUGUUUGCAUACAAUUCUGGAAGUUUUUCAGGGAAACUGUCCCUUGACCAAGUUAUAACUGAACUUGAAACUCUUCGUAGAGAAACCUUCUUAUGAUUCCUUUUAUGAAAAGAUUAAUCCUCUGUGCAGAAAAUUCUGCAUUAUCAGACUCUUGAUGUUUGCCUCUUAUGUUUAAUCGUGACUACACCGUAGUGAAGCGACAAAUGCUUAAUUUCAAAUUAACAGUGUUGUCAUCCAA